AUGAUGAACUGGAAACAAGGUCUGAGGGCGUUCCAGGCCGUGGUGCGUCCUCACAUUUCGGCUGCCCAGCCCACAUUAGUGCGUGCCAAACGCACAACCAAGCUGGCUCCGGGUGCCUCGCGUGUCAUCAACAUGGUGAGUGUGAUCAGUGCUCGCAAGAAGCAGCCCCGGCGACUAAAGAUGUGCAAAGAGGAUCAGGUCCGCCACCAGAUGAUCAUGGCUGCUUGGAAGCUACAUUUAAGAGACGAGAAGGCCGAGCGUACCAACAAGCUCAAGGCCCAAUAUGAGAAAAUCACCGAGGCGUGCGAUGAGCUACAGAAACUCGACCCUGCUCUCUAUGAGGCAGCCACUGCUCGUGAAAAGGGCAAGCGGUUCAGUCCGGAAAUGCGUAUUCCCACAGAUACACCGCCUCGCCAACCCUGGCAGUUUGACUGGUCUCCUCCCGACAAAUAG